GAUUUCAAGAGGGGGACGAGUCAAACACUAAACUUAAUUUACUCCUGCAUUAAUGUCAAUUCGCAAAAAUCGUUUUAAUUUCUACCUUAUUGUGUGCAUUUUACGCUUGGCUUAUCAAAAAAGUGCAUUGAUAAGUAUGGGAGGAAGUGCGGACUGAAUCAUUUCUGGGUAAAGGCUGGAUCGUCGUCAAGAAGAAAUGAUGGCGGAUCCAUUUAGAAUUUCGAAGGUGGAGCAGUAUUCACCCAAGUCGUCGCCGAGGGGGUCACGGUCACCCGUCGUGCCUCGACAGGACUCCACGGGGACGCUCAAGGCUACAAUCUCACUGGGGAAGAAUCCCUCCAUCGUUCAUACAGGGCCGUUUUACUUGAUCAAAGAAGCUCCAGGAGAAAGCGAGCUGACGGGCGCGACAAAUCUGAUGGCGCACUACGGUUUAGAACAUUCCUACAACAAAUCGAGUGGGAGGAAAGUUAAGGAUACGUUGUCUUCAUUCUUACCCAAUUUACCGGGACAAAUUGACAGUUCUGGUUAUCAAGAUAACAGUUCGUUAAGAUCUGUAAUUGAUAAGCCACCAAUUGGGGGGAAGGAGUUGAUGAUGUUAAACUCGAUGCAAUUAUCAGGAUUCAGACUACACCCUGGCCCAUUACCCGAACAGUAUCGCGUCUUUAAUCAAGUUCCCCAAAAGAAGAACAAACACAAGCACAAGCGACACAAGUACAAGCCUGGCGAAGCUGUCCCACAUCACAUGGAAGUCGUCACAUCUCAGACCGACUUGGCUCUCGCGGCGGAGAAAAAGCACAAAAAGCAGAAGCGCCACGACGACGACAAGGAGCGGCGGAAAAGAAAGAAGGAAAAGAAGAAGAAGAAGUCAUCGAAACACAGUCCCGAGCAUGCCGCCGCGUCCGGCGGGGGUGGCUCGGGAGGCGGUGGGAGUGGAGCAUCAAGUCAAAAUAAUUCCCAAAUUAGUACUCAAUAGAGUUUAGAUUUUAUUUUGCAAAACUAAACCAUGGACUUGAUCUGAUGACUUAUUAUUUUUUUCUCCUCGGACUAACUUAUCACUUAAAUAAGGCAGAUGUAUGUUUUUACUUUCAAUUUAAUGUAAUACUUAUAUAAUUGUACAAUUAUUGAAUACAAUGCAGCAAAAAAUUGCAUCAACUAAUUA